UCAGUACUUAAACUCGGGUCAGCAGCGUCGCAACGGCGGGCUAGCUUCUCAUCGGAUCCGAUCGGUUGUGCAAAUCAUAUGUAUUUGAAAGCACGCCAUCACGGAACGCGGUAAGAAGAUACAGAUACUCGUACACAUACUCGUACUCGUACUCCGCUCAACAAACUCGUUUCCUGUUGCCGCGAUCGCUGUUGUUCUGCGUUAAUUAGCUUUUCAGAUAAUGAAAACUCUUUGUCUAUGGCUUAUGCCAGUGCUGAUCCUGCUGCUGCUGGGAUCGAAGCAAGUGGAAUCCAAGAAAUAUCAGCGAUGCGAACUCACACAUGUGCUGGUGGAUAAAUACAACUUCGACAAGUCUUUCAUCUCCAACUGGAUCUGUCUGGUGGAGCACGAGAGUGAACUGAAUACCAGCAAAAUAACAUACAUGGAAAACAAAAGCAAGAACUACGGUCUGUUCCAGAUCAACAGCAGGGGCUAUUGCACUGAGGGAAAAAAAGGAGGGCAGUGCAAUAAGAAAUGUGAAGAUUUCUCCAAUGACGAUAUAGGCGACGACAUUGCCUGUGCCAGAAUGAUCCAGGAACGCGAGGGCUUCAAGUACUGGAAGGGCUGGGAGCGCUCCUGCCGCAACCAACAGAACCUGCCCAAUCUUCGAGUGCUUUGCAACCUGCGCAGCCAGUCGCCUUCGCGGUCAGCUCGCGGCUUCAUCCCGGGCUGAACACCUAUUCCUGUGUACUAUUUGAACAUCAAACUGAACAGAUACAUAAAUAUUUAGCAUGUGAAUGCUUUGCAUAA